GAUGUGGAUGAAUGUGCCCUGGGGCUUGAUGACUGCCAUCCAGAUGCUAUAUGUCAAAAUACCCCGAAGCUGUACAAGUGCAUGUGCAAAGUGGGUUACACUGGCGAAGGGAAGAAAUGUGAAGACAUUGAUGAAUGUGAUAACGACUUCAAUGGAGGCUGUGUCCACGAGUGUUUCAACAUUCCGGGAAAUUACCGCUGCACUUGCUACGACGGCUUUAUGUUGGCUCACGACGGCCACAACUGCUUGGAUACAGAUGAAUGCACGUUCAACAAUGGUGGUUGCCAGCACAUUUGUGUCAACACUGUGGGGAGCUAUGAAUGUCGCUGUAAGGAAGGAUUCUUUCUAAGUGACAACCAGCACACAUGCAUCCACCGCUCAGAAGAAGGCAUGAGCUGCAUGAAUAAAGAUCAUGGCUGUGCCCACAUCUGCAGAGAAACACCCAAAGGAGGGGUUGCCUGUGAAUGCCGACCAGGAUUUGAGCUGUCCAAGAACCAGAGGAGCUGCAUUUUAACAUGUAAUCAUGGAAAUGGUGGCUGUCAACAUACAUGUGAUGAUGCUGAUAAUGGACCUAUUUGUGGGUGUCACCCCAAGUACAUCAUGCAUAUGGAUGGGAAAACCUGUCUGGAGAGGGAAGAGGCUGCUGUUGAAAUUCCUGAGGGAAACACUACAGCAGGAGCUGAUGUGGACAAGAGGGUGAAGCGACGGUUGCUCAUGGAAACAUGUGCAGUUAAUAAUGGUGGCUGUGAUCGUACGUGUAAGGAUACAUCUACUGGAGUUCACUGCAGCUGUCCUGUUGGAUUCACACUCCAGUUUGAUGGGAAGACAUGUAAAGAUAUUGACGAAUGUCAAUCUAAUAAUGGAGGCUGCGAUCAUUUCUGUAAAAACACUGUUGGCAGUUUUGAUUGCAGCUGCAGAAAAGGAUUUAAAUUAUUAACAGAUGAGAAGUCUUGUCAAGACAUUGAUGAAUGCUCUUUUGAACGGACAUGUGAUCACACGUGCAUCAAUCAUCCAGGCACUUUUGAGUGUACUUGUAACAAAGGAUACGCUCUCUAUGGCUUCACACACUGUGGAGACAUUAAUGAAUGUAGCAUCAACAAUGGUGGUUGCCAACAGCUGUGUGUGAACACACUGGGAGACUAUGAAUGCCUGUGUCACUCUAACUACAAAUUACACUGGAAUAAAAAGGAUUGUGUUGAAAUAAAGGGGCCUUUGCCUGCUAAUGUGUCACCCAAGGUAUUGCUGCAGUGUAUUAAGAGUGGUGGGAGUGAUAGAUGCCUCUUAAGCUGCCCUUCGGAUGUUCAGGUAGUUUCUGGAACACAAGAUGCUUACACCCUCACCUGUGGCAGCUCAUCUCAACUUAAGAAAAAUCAGCAAAAUACAAAUGCAUCUACUUGGCUGGAUAUUUCAGCCAUCAAGAUAAGCGUAACCUUUAAAUUAAAUGAAGGAAAAUGUAGUUUGAAAAAGACUGAGAUGUUUCAAGAAGGUCUGGAACAGAUGAUACCAGAGAGACAUAAUUCACUAAUGGAGAGCUUCCACUAUGUAAACCUAACAUGCAGCUCCGGCAAGAAAGUUCAUGGAGCCGUCAGUAGACUGCCAGCAACUAGAGAGAUUUUUAUCACUGUGGACUUUGAGCUUGAAACAAACCAAAAGGAGGUGACAGAUACAUGUGAUGUACGCUGUGCACGAAAAAAGACUGAAAAGAGAUUUCGUAAAACCAUUCGAACUUUACGGAAGACAGUCAACAGGGACCAAUUCCGUGUUCGUGUCUCUGGCAUGGACCACGAAGUGGCCAGAAAAUCUCUCAAGCUGUCAGAGCCACAGCAGUCAUGUGGUGUAGGACAGAUGCAUGUGGGCAACAGAUGUGUUAGCUGCAGUGUGGGAUCAUACUAUGAUGGGGAACGAGAAAGCUGUGUUUUAUGCCCUAAUGGAACUUACCAGGAUGAGGAAGGACAAAUAACUUGUGACUCUUGCCCCAGUCCUCAGAAUCCUGGAAACCAAAAAUUAGCUGGAGCUCACAGUGUGUCUCAAUGUGGAGAUCAGUGCUCACCAGGUGAAUAUUCCCCUGAUGGCUUUAAACCCUGUCUGCCAUGUCCCCUUGGAACAUUCCAGCCUGAAGCUGGUCGAGUAUCCUGCUUUCCCUGUGGAGGAGGACUAAUGACAAAACACACCAGUGCAUCCUUGUUUCAGGACUGCGAGACCAGAGUUCAGUGUUCACCUGGCCAUUUUUAUAAUACUACAACUCAUCGGUGUAUUCGCUGUAUAGUUGGGACGUACCAACCUGAAUUUGGACAAAAUUUCUGCAUUUCGUGCCCUGGAAACACCACUACAGAUUUUGAUGGGUCCACAAAUAUAACACAGUGCAAAAAUAGGCAGUGUGGAGGUGAACUGGGAGAUUACACUGGAUAUAUUGAAUCACCAAACUAUCCUGGGGACUAUCCUGCAAACGCUGAAUGUACCUGGAACAUUAACCCACCCCCAAAACGCCGUAUUCUAAUUGUGGUUCCUGAGAUAUUUCUACCAAUAGAAGAUGAGUGUGGAGACUACUUGGUGAUGCGAAAAAGCUCUUCCUCCAAUUCAGUGACCACCUACGAAACCUGUCAAACCUACGAACGCCCUAUAGCUUUCACUUCUAGGUCUAAGAAGCUGUGGAUCCAGUUCAAGUCAAACGAAGGGAACAGUGCCAAAGGAUUCCAGGUUCCUUACGUAACGUAUGAUGAGGAUUACCAAGAACUAAUAGAAGACAUCGUUCGGGAUGGUAGACUUUAUGCAUCUGAAAAUCAUCAAGAAAUACUCAAGGAUAAGAAGUUGAUAAAAGCAUUGUUUGAUGUGUUGGCGCAUCCACAAAACUACUUCAAGUACACAGCCCAAGAGUCAAGAGAGAUGUUUCCAAGAUCCUUCAUUCGGCUGCUGCGCUCCAAAGUUUCCAGAUUUUUGAGGCCUUACAAAUAGCUGGCACUGUACUUAAAAUACUAACAAGUCAUUGGUAUGCACAGAGGGGUUGUGGUAGGUGGGCCUACUUUCUGUGCUUUACACACUGGCAGAGAGAACUCUGAGGAAGCUUGCCAGCUGUGUUCUUGGCAGAGUUUGGCUUUCUUAGCUAAUAUAAAUAUUUUGGUGAACAGAAUUUUGAUUCCUCUCCAGAUAAUACCUUUUGGGUACCAAGGAUACUUCAUGGGUCUGUGAAUUAGAGACUAGCCAUAUUUUCUGUAACUGAAUGGUGCCAAGCAGAAGUUUGUAGAGCUCUACCCUGUUGUUUCAUCGGUAACUCUAAAAGUUAAUGAGGACAGACAGGCUAAGUGGUGUGGUUUUGGUUGAACUCUAGGCUGCCGUUAAUGCAUAUUACCUCAACAAAGCUGGGAUCAUGUUCAGUCUCACUGGAAGUGGGAACAAAUUUGAUGUCUCUCUUAACCUUUGUUACAGAGGAAAUUCAUAACUAAGAUUGAAAUGGUUUUAACCCAAGCCAGUGAAUCUGAGAAUUGCACAUGUAUUUUUUUCUUUGAAUGAUGUGUUGUAUGAGGCAUAUGGAUGAAUAAGCAAAGGGUUGAAUAUUGGGUUGAAUGCUCUGCAUCUGUAUCCCGUUGUGUUCAUGCUAAUGACACCUACUGCUUUAAAUGGAAUGAUAGCAGGGCACCACAGAAAUGGAAAGCAGACCCUGACGCUCUGGAUGCUUCUAUUAUGGGCUGACUGCAAAUGCUUCAACAGAACAGAUUCUCAGCUAAAUCCCAGUGCUCUCUGUGUGCAUAGCCCUGGGACAGCAUGACACAUUGGCUUUUCCAAGUAGUACAAAAUUCUGUCCCGAGCACUUGCAAGUUGAACAUGCAUGCACCAUUUUAAAUGCAGGCUUUGGAUAGAUUAUGUUCUUGUACAUCAUGGUUUAAAACUGUAUAAGGUCCUUAUAUGAGCCCCAAUCCUCCUGUCCCUUAUCUUGUUUGAGCACCUUGCAGUGACCAUGUUAGGCAGAGAAGGGCUGCUUUCCCUUUCUUGUUGGAGAGAAGUGGAUGUGCAAAGAUAUUCCUCAAUCAGACCAUAGCCAUAGAAGCCAUCUACAGCAAAAUGCCAUCUUAAGAUUUCCAAACUCUGGGUUCUUUUCCUCCGGUUGUGUUUCUCAUUUGAGGCAAGGGUAUUCUGAAAGGGAGAACUAUGUCAGUCAGAAUGUUUUUUGUUUUCUUAGUUCUUUUCUGUCCACAUUUUUGUUACAUCACUGUUCUCUGGCAAUGCAAACCAUUUCCUCAGCAUAAGAUGUCUUCUGGGCAUUCUGUCUUGAAGGGAGAUAGCCCCAGUCCCACUCCUUUGGAGGUGGACCUGUAUGUUCCUGGGUUGGUCCCUGGCAGUGCUCUGAGGGGCCCAGUGGCCGCUGAUCUUCUGUGUGUCCCCUCAGGAAAGGUACUGAAAUGUUGCAGUGUAGCCAGGAUGAAUGCUCCCUCUUUUAGAUGUGGGCUUGUAUCUGCCUGCGUUUCAUUACAUUGGUAUGUGGUAUUUAACUGUUGUAUGUGAAUAAUACCAUAUCCACAGUGUGACAGAUGAAACUCCCAUGCAGAACCUGGGUUUGAAUCUUUUGCCUGCAUUGAUAGUGGUAAAUGAGCAUUACCAAAUACAUCCUUUCUGAACUGUUGUGCUGUGAGAGCCCCGUUCUGUGGCACAUGAGACUGCAGCCUGUCACGUGGUAAGGACACAUCUUGAUCAUGGUGUGAUGGAAAGGGGCAGUGGCCUUAUGCCACUGACCCUGUGGUGCUCUUAGUACUGCCUGGAGGGACUUAGCAUGGUGUCAUGGAAGGAAAAUGGAAAUUGCUGCAAAGAGGGAGAGCUGUGUCCUUGCUGGCUCUACUGGGGCUCCUGCCGUGGCUCAGGUGUUGCCUGUGUGUGCCUUUUCCAUGAAUGGGACUGCCAGACCUGCCAAAGGGAGAGCAAAAGAGGUUGGGAGAUGAGUAGGGAGGCAGGGGGUAGAUCAGCAGAAGGGAGGAAAGGAACGCAGCUCUGUGUGCU